CACGAGUUGCCCGUAUACCUGUCGCGGGGAAAGUGUUCUAAAACUCGACUGUAUACACUCUCAAUAUGAUUAUAUGCACACCCUGGAGGAGAGAAGGGAAAGUAUAGAAGCGACACAUAUAAAUUUAUUGUUUGCCAACUGCAACAACGAUUCGCAACGCGUUAUCUCUCGUAGAAUCACGGCGUAGAAUAGCCCGCCCUUCUAUAUCCUCGUCAUUUUUAAUUGUAAUUACACUUCGAAUACGCAAGUUGAGCAACUUUGCCAGAGACAUAACUCACGCGCGCGAUAAUGUCGUCCUCCUUGUAUACACACGAACUAAACAUGAUGUUACACACACACACACACACACACACACACAAAAGCUGGCGCGCGCGCGUCCGUGUAUGUAUACAUAUAGUUCAUUACCGUUCCAGUUUCGCGAAAUUGCGAAAAUUACGAGCAGGCCGGACGCGCUUGAGAGUAAGUUCAAAAACCGGUCGUCGCUGUCGUCAUUCGCCGCAACGUCAAAGUUCUCUGGUUAGUCGAAUCCAUCAAAAUAAUUAAGGGGGCAACGAAAAAUUAGAUUUUUCAAGGACAAAUCAACUGAGAUAAUCGUUCAAAAUAACGACCAAGCAAGCAGAUUUCCGAAGCAUCAUUAAUUUGUUGAAAACCAAUAGAGCAGCUCACUGGGAGGAUCGUGCACCUAGAGUAAAGCGAAAAAGGUCAGACGACAGAUACGCUUUCCCCCCAACGACACGAAUGACGGUCAGGAGUCAGGAAGCCAAAGAUUAAGGUACUGCGUCCAGUGAGAGAAGGUAGACUCAUCUUUGCGUCCAGGGUGACAGAUAAAGCUGUUGGAUUAUUAAAAAAAUACUGUGAUAACGAUCUCUACGACAGCGACUGCGGCAUCGUGCCAAUGCCGCAAAAGGCGAGCGAGGGAUCAGAAGAAAAGGUCUUGUCCACUAUCAGUUUUACUAAGAACCUAAAUGCGACAAAGCUUCCGCAAGAGAUCCUCUGGAUUCUUUAUCAAGUAUCCUUUGAACUUAAUUGUGGCCUAAGCACUAGCAGCAGAUUACUGAGUAUGCCUAAGGUCGAAAAAAAAAUAGCUUGUCCACUGUCGUCUCCUCGAGUCAGAAGCUCAAGGCAGUACAAAGAAAACCAGAACCCAAACAAUGUUAAAUUCUUUAGACCUGUUAGGCCGGAGAAAACGAAACGAAAAUCGACGAAACCACCAAGUUUAGUUACACCGACGACUAUCAAUGCAGUGCCGCAAAAGAUGAGCAGAAGCUUUCUAGUCAAUUCUGAAAAUCACUUGAGCAGCAGCCACCUGGAUAUGCCACUACUUGACAAAGAACACCCAAACAAAACCAAUUUCAACUAUGACUUGUGCAGCUGCUUCCUGCAUAUGCCAAUGAUUUAACCAGACAACGCUAUAGAAUAACCUAGCGAAUUAUCUCAUUUCGUAUAAUACUUAUAUGUUGUAUAUAUAUUAUAUUUUGCCAUAACAAUUCGUAAAAUAUAAGAUAAAUUUUAUUUAUUUCGUAAUACUUAUUUACGUAUUUGAUUGUGAUGUAAAAAUAUA